CAAAGGAUAAUUCUUUUACCAUUAUCAACUUGGAACUCCGAUGGGGCCUUGAAGCCCCCUCGAUAUUUAUUCAACAUUGCUUGUCCACUUUUAGCCAUGCAAUCGAGGUUACGAGAGUGCUGGUCUUCAGAUACACGAGUAACGCGAUUCUUCACGACGCGGCUCCCCUCCUUGUCCAUAACUUGAAUAUGGCCGAGUCCGGGUUGCACGCCAGCAUAUGGGCUCCUAAGAACUAUGGAGAUGUGCGUUACGAUCUCCGUUCAGGAGACUGGCAUUGUCCCUCCUGCGGCUUUUCGAACUUCCAACGUCGCACCGAAUGCUUUCGAUGUUCCUCCAAGGGGAAGGGUCUCUCGGAGGCCUCAACGAAUGGCUACGGGCCACCAAAUACGAUACUUAAAUCCGAGAAUAUGAGACCUCCGAAGACAGCUGGGGCCUAUGGUGACGCUGGACGUACCGGCUCGGAAGAACCUUUCUGGCAGAAAGAAAAUUAUACUACAAGGCAUACACCACAACUGCAGAGCGGGGAGAAAGGGUUAGCUACUAGCCGCUGGGCUCCUCGUAACUACAACGGGAGGGCCAAGGAGGCAGAUCGCGGAGAAAUAUGGACGAGGACUGUUUCAGUGUCUAAUGCCGUUCCCGCACGCUCCAGAUCCGUGCCUCUUACGGCACCCAGUCCUCCAGACCUUGGCCUCCCUUACGAAGUUCAACACUUUGUCCUCGCGAUGAUAGAACGAAUUAUAGAAGAAGGUUGCUACGACUUCGCAUCUAGAUGGAUACCAGACAAACUCUAUGAGAAAAACUGGACUUGUGCUGAACAAGUUGAGCUCUCAACAUGGAAGAAAUUCUUACCUACCGCGCUUCCACCAAAGGCCAUCUCCCCUGUGCCUAACUAUUCAUUGGAGAGAGCGUUAACAGAUGCUGUUCGGAUUCGAAACUCGGCAGUGCAUCGACAUUUAUGCGAUAAUGCUGAGCUUCGACGCAUGGCUAUACAAGCUCGAGACUUGAUGUCCAUGUUCUCAGAUGUAACUAGAUAUCACAAGUUCCAUCGUCUGUGGGAGGAGCUUCAACUGUGGGAUUCAGGGCUCCAGCAUGAUCCGCAAGCGAAGAGAAACAGACUGGAGAAUGCACUUCGGGAGAUUAGUGAGAGACCCCUGGAUGACAUGGAUUGGACACCAAAUGAGGUGUCACUUCAAGAAGUUACUUCUAGAUCUGAGACACCUCAGCCCUACGAACCUGAAGAAUACAUAGACCAAAUGGAGUUGGAUUAGGUACUCGCCAUUAGGUACAUGGCUGGAGACAUUCUCUGCAUAACAUUACCGUUGGCCAACUACUAUUCCACCAAAAUAAAUAAUAAUUAACGGCC